UUUAUAUUUGUUGGCCCAGAAAGCCUCUCAAAAUCUGAGCAUGCUGCUAGACCUAAAAAACCUAACCUAAGUGGAGGAAGUGAGAAGUGGCGGGGAAAGGAAGAAGAAAAUUGAUUUUCUCUCUCUUUUAAGUCGCGACUGCCGAAAAGUGAUCUGCGUAACAUUUGAUGAACAGGCCAAGUUUAAGCAAGGUUCUCUUUUUGCUAGUUGAUCCAUCUAAACAAGCUAUGUCUAACUCGGUUCAAUGGGCUUUGAAAACAUGGUUAUGAAAGCUACUGAAUUGGAUAAAGAUGUUGGGGAUCGAGUGCAAGGGAACAACUGCCUUAGAGGCCAACUAGCUCAGCAUCAGAAGUCUGUGAACCAUUCCAGAAGACAAGAAUCUAAAGAAAAUAAAAGCUCAAAUGCCUUAAGUAGCGGUCAAAGUAAUUCAAAUGUAUUAGAGCAGGGAAGAUCUCCAGUAGAUGAAAGUGGCACUUAUUCUGAAUUUAUAAAAUUUCCAGCACCACCUUGUCGUCAAUUUUGGAAAGCUGGGGACUAUGAUGAUGGGCCCAGUUCCAAGCUCACACUUCAAAAUGGAAAAAAUUAUCUCCAUGUCCACCCGAUGUUUCUUCAUUCAAAUGCCACUUCACAUAAGUGGGUUUUUGGUGCCAUAGCAGAACUGGUUGACAAUGCAGUUGAUGAGAUCGAAAAUGGGGCCUCUUUUGUCAUUGUAGAUAAAAUCUCAAAUCCAAGAGAUGGAAGUCCUGCACUGUUAAUUCAAGAUGAUGGUGGUGGAAUGGAUCCCGAAGCAAUCCGGCGAUGCAUGAGCUUUGGGUUUUCAGAUAAAAAAUCCAAAUCAGCAAUUGGACAAUAUGGUAAUGGCUUCAAGACCAGCACUAUGAGACUUGGGGCAGAUGCUAUUGUCUUCAGCCGCCAUGCAGAUGAUAGGGUAUUGACUCAAAGCAUUGGUCUCCUCUCUUUCACAUUUUUGACACAAACAGGACAUGACAGAAUAGUAGUGCCAAUGGUGGGUUUGACUUCCCUACUCAAAUAUGUGGAUUAUGAGCUUAACACAGCUGGUAAUUUGGAAAUUCUAGAUCGAUAUGGGAAAGAAUACUUUAUGUCCAACCUUUCCUUGCUGCUGCAAUGGUCUCCAUAUUCAACAGAAGCAGAGCUACUGAAACAAUUUGAAGACAUUGGAUUGCAUGGUACUAAAGUGAUUGUUUAUAAUUUGUGGUUCAAUGAUGAUGGGAAUGUGGAGCUAGACUUCGAUACAGAUCCUGAGGAUAUUCGUAUUAAUGGGGAUAUAAAAGAAGUGCAGACACGCCCUGCUUGGAGGACAGUAAAUGAAGAACACAUUUCCAACCGACUACGAUAUUCUUUGAGGGCUUAUUUAUCCAUUUUAUACCUGCGAAUACCUGAAAAUUUCACAAUAGUAUUGCGGGGGGGAUUUGUCAAGCAUCACAAUCUUGCCCUUGAUCUCAAAUUUCAAGAAUUUAUCGUAUAUAGACCCCAAAGCAGUGGAUGUAUAAAGGGUGAACUGUUAACUACUAUUGGGUUUUUAAAAGAAGCUCCACAAGUUACCGUUCAUGGUUUUAACAUCUACCACAAGAACCGUCUUAUACUACCAUUUUGGCCCAUUGUGAACUAUGGAAAUAACAGUAGAAGUAGAGGAGUAGUUGGUGUUCUGGAAGCAAAUUUUGUUGAGCCCACUCAUGACAAACAAGAUUUUGAGAGAACUUCCUUGUUUCAGAAGCUUGAAGUUCGGUUGAAGGAGAUGACAUGGGAGUACUGGGAUUAUCAUUGCGGUCUAAUUGGUUACCAGGUCAUAAAAAAGCUUCGACCAACCGAGCCUCCACCAGAUUCACCUCUUGGCAUCUCAACUAGUGACACAUUGAAACAUGGUAUGCCAAAUGGUGCUAAAACAAAUCUUGCAUUGAAUCAAAACUACCCCUUUCUUGUUAGUGCAAACGCAGCAUCUGCUGCGGGAUUAUCUUCAAAGAGGAAGGAACAUAGUGAUUUAGACAAACUUGAAAGCAUAAAACGGCAGGCAGGGACUGGGGCCAAUGCAUUUUUGUCGGGGCACGGUUUUGAAACAGAGGUUGUCAGUGAUAUUAAAAAUAAGCUGGAAGAUCAGGAUGUUGUAAACUUGAUUCAAGUAAACAAGAAUUUCCGUGCAAAAUGCUUGGACUACAAGAAGAGGACGGAAGACCUUGAUUUGAAGGUUACACGGCUAAGAAGUGAACUGGGACAAGUUCGAACGGAGUAUGAACAGCUUAUGGCUGAAUUAACAUCAUAAGAUAAGAGCCGAGAAAGAAAAGUGGGUGGAUAUGUGGAUUUUGUUGCUACCUAGCCUUGGUUUUAUCUUGCAAAGGUCAAAUGAGCUUUUAUAGAAGAAACCAAAAUGGAGCGUGACAGUUGUGAAUUAUCAAGUCAACAUGCCCCUGUAGAAUAGUUUGACGAGUUACGUCUGACUGUGGGUCAGCAAUCUGUGUUUUCAGACCUGAUAUAUGCAUCUGCAAUUUCGUAGGAUUGGAAUUUUAAAACUACUGAUGUGCAGUUCUUUUUAAAGUUAAACCAAUUUAUAUGUGCACAUGUAGAUGAAAAGCAAAAGAUCCUUGUUCCUUGA